AUGGGUCACCAGCAGCUCUACUGGAGUCAGCCGGGAAAACUCCGCCAGGGUUCCCGCUCCUGCCGCCUGUGCUCAAACCAGCUCGCACUGAUUCAGAAAUACGAACUGACUAUGUGCCGCCGGUGUUUCCGGCAGUACGCCAAGGAUAUUGGCUUCAUCAAGUUGGACUAA